AUGCUCGCCCUGCUCGACCACUGCCUCGCCUGCCACCCCCACACACCACCAGAAACACAGGGCAGUGCAGGGCCCUCAUCCCCGCCUCUCCUGCCCUCUCCGCCCCAUCUGCUGCAGCAGCCCCACCCGCCGGUGUUGCCAGUGCACGCAACGCCGGAAGGAGAGGGGGCAAUGCCUUCUGUACCUUCUCAGUCCACUGAAACGGCACCUCACCACCCCACAGCAGAGCCGGCAGGACCCAUGGGGCCGGUAGGGCCGGUGGGGCCGGUGGGACCAGUGGUGCCGCUGCGGACGGUGCAGACAUGCAUGGGGGCGCUGCUGAAAUCGGCGCAUGAUGAGAUGGAGCGCGUGUGGGAGCUGUAUGGCAUGGGGGAGCGGGAGGGGGGGAAGGGCAGCACGCCCGACUGGCUUGUCAAUCAAAUGUUUGAGCAGAUGCGCGACGACCUGGCCAUGUCAAGACGAACGGUGCCGCUCCAGGCGGUGGAAGCGGUGGUGUUUGGGUGCGCGCGGUUUGAGGCGCCUCAAAAUUCCCCACCGGUGCCUCUGCCCCCUGCCCCUCAAAGUGCACCUCAAAAGGGACGAACGGUGCCGCUCCAGGCGGUGGAAGCGGUGGUGUUUGGGUGCGCGCGUUCUGAGAAUUCUCAAAAACCCGCGCGGUUUGAGGCGCCUCAAAAUGCACCUCAAAAGGGACGAGCGGUGCCGCUCCAGGCGGUCGAAGCGGUGGUGUUUGCGUGCGCCCGGGCGGUGUACCUGAGCAAAAAGAGGAGGGAGAAAGGGGGAGUGGUGGGGUUACAGAGGGAGGGUAGAGGAGGUAGUGGUUACAGCAGGGGUGGUACAGGGGGGGCGGGAGAGGAGGAUGGUGAGUUGUCUGCUGCAGCACUGGCUGACCAUGCCUCUGCAGCUAUGCAGGAACUGCAAGAGGCGAUGGGGGCGCGAGGAGGGGAGGGAGAGGGUGAGCGAGGAAGGGAGAGAGAGGAGGAGAGGGAAGAGGGUGGUCUGAGGGGGUAUGAGGUGGGGGAGCGGGUGUGGUCAGCGUAUAUGGAGACUUUGAACCAUGCAGGGCGGUAUGAGGCGAGCAUUGCAGCAUGGCCGCAUGUCAUGGCAAUCAAGAGAGGGGCGGAAGAGUGGGAGGAGGGCGGGGCGGAGGGCGAGUGGGAGCGUGCAGCGUGGGGCAUGCGUAUGGGAAGCAGGGAAGCAGCAGCAGCAGAUGGGGAGGAGAAUCUGCCUGGGUUGCGAGCAUGCAAUGCGUACCUCGCGGCGCUGGCAGGAGCAGCGGUGGCGAGCGGGGAAGGGGGGCGCAGGAGGGAGGCGGAGAGGAGGGGCGAGGAGGCGGAGGGGUUUUUCCGCACCUUGCUGCGCGCGGAGAGAGGGCCGCUCACUGCUGCUGUGAACGCGCUGCUGCACAUGUACCUCCACCAGUCGCGCCUGAAUGACCUAGAGAGGCGGUUUCAAGGGAUGAAAGAGGGUGUCUCCCCGACCGCACGCGUUGACGCCCACACCUACAAUCUAAUCAUAGCCGCCUGCGGUGCAGCAGGGGACACUCGAACGGUCCGUUCGCUGUAUCUGGACAUGGUUGGAAACCGGAAGGGCCGAGGAAAGAAACCGGGGAUGGUGCUGGUGGGAGCAGCGAGGGAAGCGGCGGAAGCAGUGGUGGGGAAGUUGAGGGUAGAGAGGGAUGAGACGAGGAGCAUGAAGCUGAGUAAGGAGCAGCGGCAGGUGUUGGCAGGGGUGCUGCUGGGUGGCGCAAGGAUUGCGGCGCAGGACAACGAACGGACGUACGAGAUUCAUUUCGAGCAGCCGUUGGACAAUCCUGGCCGUGUAGAGCUGCUGGAGGGGCUUCCGUGGGAUGCGCCGAACCUGAUUCGGUUCGGCGGAGCCACGGCGACGAGGCUGUGGAAGUUCAUGGAGGCGCAUGUGCUGCCGAGCCUGAGGGACGAGCUUCGGCCGGGCGUGAGGAUGAGGUUCGGGGGAGAUGGUGCAGCUGGUGUUGGUUUGGAGGGGGGUGGUGUGAUGGGAGAGAGUGGGGAGAGGGAGAGCGAGGGAGGGUGGGAGGAGGACGAGAAGGGGGAGAGGAUGGUGGGGGCUGGAGAAAUUGGUAGGGGGGGCAGGGAGGGGGAAGUGAAGGGAGAGGAGGGGAAAGAGGGUGGGGAGGUGUGGUCUGAUGAUGCAUGGGGUUCUGAUAGCCAAGAAGAGGGGAGCAGAGAUGAGGAUGAGGAGGAAGAGGAGGACGAGGAUGAGGAGGAUGAAGAGGGGGAGGAGGAGGACGAGGAGGGUGAUGAUGAGGGUGAGAAUUGGGACGACGGGGAGGAUGAGGAUGAGGAUGAGGAGGGGGAAGAAUGGGAAGAGGUGGAAGAAGGGGAAGAGGCAGAGCAUGACAGGGAGGAGGGGGAGAGUGUGAGGCGACGCUUCAGCCCAGGAGGAGAUGACAGGGUGCAUUGGGAAGGGCAGCAAGGGUUUGGAGUGGACAAUGAUACUGGAGAAGGACGAAACGACGAGAGAGAAGCGCGAGGCAUUGAGAAAGAAGCGCGAGGCAUUGGCAGGACAGGGCUUGAGCAGCAAGAGGGGCAAGAGGACGCAGACAAGUUUGAGAGGAGGAGAUUCAGUCGGGGCCGGUUUAGGGAUAGGGAGAGGGAGAAGGAUACAAGGGAGGAGAUUGGGUUGAACGAGUGGAUGCCUCUGGAGCUGGCUCUGUACAUGGAGAAGGUGCAGACACCCGUGUUCAAGAAGAAACCCAAAAAGAAGAGGUGA